AUGUCCCAAGAUCACUCAACUUCAUUACAAUUAACUACUGAUCAGACAAAUUUAAAAAGUAUUAUUUGUAGAGCUCUCGAAAAAAGUGAGAUAUUCAGACAGCGUUUCGCUGAGAAAUUCCAUCAAACAACUCUGGAAAAUUUGUGUAUUAAAAGUUCUGCCAUCGAUAAUGGCAUUAGUAACAAGAUUUUCACAAUUGAAUUAUCCUCAUCUUCUCCCUCAUUAGUAGAAACAGCAAUCGAGAAAAAUUCGAUCUGGAGCUGCAUGGAAGUGAUCCUUAAAAUUACUUCUGACAAGUCCACAAAUAUUCCUUCAUUAUUUAACAAGACACUGAAUGAGGCAUGUAUUAUGAAAUUCCUACAUGCCAAUCUUGCUCAUCAAUUUAAAUCUCCAACAAUUUAUGAUCAUACAGAUGGGAAUGGGAAGGGAGAAAGUGAAAUGGAUUACAUUCUGAUGGAGAAAUGUGAAGGAAUGGCCUUGAAUUUGAUUUAUGAUGAAUUGAGUGAUGAGGAGAGAAGAUUGCUCAUUUCACAUAUAAGUGAGAUGAGAGGUAAAUUAUGUGAAUUUGCAUUCAUUCCAGAGGAUUCUCAUGGAAACUUAAAGGAAACUCUAUUUGGAUCAGUGCUAGAUAUUAAGGUAGUUAAUGAUAAGGUUGCUCAUGUCACUGUUGGAAGAAAUAGUGAUGGAGAUGGACCAUUUGAAUCAUUUUCAGACUUUUUAAUUGCUAAUUUUGAAAAAAGGAUUGAAGAAAUGCUCAAAGAUGAAAGAGUUUCGUCUCUAGUUUACAAUUUUCAACAAUUAGUGAAGUAUCUGAAAGAGAAACCUCUUUCUAUUUCUUCAGAUUUAUAUCAAUUAUGUCACAUUGAUUUGACCCCAAAUAAUGUUAUUGUCAAUCCUUCCACCAAUCACAUUACUGGCAUAAUUGACUGGGAAUGGGGAGUAAUGACUCUCUUAGAUAUGGACAUUAAUGAAUUAAUGACAUGGACAAGAAAUGAUCAAGAAAUAUCCUUCCUCAAAGAAUGUCUCCACCAGCACAUUCCCCAAAUUGGUAAAAACUCGAAUUUUUGGGAGGAAUUUGAAGGGAGAAGAAAAUUAUUUCUAGCACUGGAUUGGGCCAUUCGAUUAUCAAGUUACAAGAAUUGGUUUAGAAAUGAUGAAACAGAGGCAGAAUCAUUCAUUGUGAAGGCAUUGGAAAAUACCAAGCAGUUUUUUAUGGAAAAUUCAUUCUAA